GUUGACCUUUCAGGAAGAAGCCAUUUUCACGAAAGUAACAGUUUAGUAACAAGAGAGAAAAAAACAACAACAAAAGGACUGUGCCCAGGAGGAGUUGGUAUAAUCAGUAACAUUGAGGGUCUGUCUUCACAUACUAACCCUCAAGUUGCUGUGAUAAUGUUGUCCUUCUCGGCGUCGCUCCAGCCACAGGUAACGAGUCAACUCAUUGGCCAACUCAUCAAUGCCCUCCAUUCCCUGAAGAACUCAGCCAGCUCCACAGCCACAGCUUCUGUCCAGAGCCUGCAGACAUAUGUCACACCAGAGCAGGACCUGUUGCUCACAGAGGACCUGGGUCUAUCAGAACAAAGGGUGAGUCAGCCCACCGUGAACCUCCGGGACCUGGGCUUAUCAGACCUGAGGGUGGGUCAGCUGGAUGAGCUGGUGAACAGGUUACUGCCCUCACCGGGUUCAGAGGAGGGCCCAGCUGCUUCAAUAUGGAGGACGUCCCACGUCUCUGCGGACUCUUUCUUACAAAACAAACAUGGGUUGUCAAACAGAAGGUUUGGUGUUUUUGGCUCGCCAAUGUUCCACAGACCAAACCAGAGUCCUCUACACACCAUCUGUUCAGAGCUCCAAUACUGGCCUGUAAGGGUCCAGAACCGAGGCUUCAAGACUCUGAGGAAGAGCAGACGCGUGGAGUCUGGUCACCAGGGGCUGGCAGAACCAGAGGGUUACACUUCAGCAUUCAUGAAGGGUCUCCUCAUGAGACCUGACAAGUCCCCAGAGGCACAGAGUCUGGAUCACGUGGUAAAACAGAAGAACCUGCAAGGUGACCAACAAGAUGCCUUCAAGUCUGGUUUCACCGAGGGCUUCAUGAGGUCCCAGGCCUUCACUCAGAGGACACACGACUCGCUAAGGAGGACCAGGCUGAUUCUAUUGGUCCUCCUCGUUGUGGGAAUCUAUGGCCUGUCAAGAAGCCCGUUUCUUUCGGGUAAAGGGUCCUUUUCUGAUGCUGUGAGGUUCCGUACCACGUCAGGCCUGGACUCACAAGUGGACCCGGUUCAGGUGAAGAGCGUCACCUUUGAGCACGUCAAGGGGGUAGAGGAGGCCAAGAAUGAACUGCAAGACGUGGUGGAGUUCCUCAGAAACCCCCAGAAGUUCACCGUGCUAGGAGGGAAGCUCCCUAAAGGCAUCCUCCUGAUUGGCCCCCCAGGCACAGGAAAGACUCUCCUGGCUCGGGCUGUAGCCGGGGAGGCCGACGUCCCCUUCUUCUACGCAUCGGGAUCCGAGUUUGACGAGAUGUUUGUGGGUGUCGGAGCUAGCCGCAUCAGAAACCUCUUCAAAGAGGCGAAAGCCAACGCACCUUGUGUUGUCUUCAUUGAUGAGCUUGACAGCGUGGGAGGAAAGAGGAUCGAGUCUCCCAUGCACCCCUACUCCAGACAGACCAUCAACCAGCUACUGGCAGAGAUGGACGGGUUCAAACCAAACGAAGGGGUCAUCGUUAUCGGCGCUACAAACUUUGCUGAGGCUUUGGAUAAUGCCCUGGUACGUCCGGGGAGGUUUGACAUGCAAGUGACCGUCCCUCGUCCGGACGUGAAAGGACGUACGGAGAUCCUCAACUGGUACCUGCAGAAGAUCAAAGUGGAUCCCAACGUGAACGCAGCGAUCAUUGCCAGGGGGACGGUGGGCUUCACGGGGGCGGAGCUGGAGAACCUGGUGAACCAGGCAGCCCUGAAGGCAGCGGUGGACGGCCUCGACCAGGUCACCAUGAAGGAACUGGAGUUCUCCAAGGACAAGAUCCUCAUGGGUCCUGAGCGCAGGAGUGUGGACAUUGAUAAGAAGAACAAGCAAAUCACAGCCUACCACGAGUCAGGCCACGCCAUUGUGGCCUAUUACACCAAAGACGCUAUGCCCAUCAACAAGGCAACCAUCAUGCCCAGAGGACCCACUCUUGGCCAUGUGUCCAUGCUCCCAGAGAAUGACCGUUGGAGUGAGACACGGGCUCAGCUCCUGGCCCAGAUGGACGUCAGCAUGGGAGGCCGCGUGGCCGAGGAGCUCAUCUUUGGCGACGAUUACAUCACGACUGGAGCGUCAAGCGACUUCGACGGGGCGUCCAGAAUAGCCAAGAUGAUGGUGACCAGGUUUGGAAUGAGUGACAAGCUUGGUGUCAUGACCUAUGCUGAAGUAACCAAACAGAGCCCUGAGACGCAGGCUGCCAUCGAACAGGAAGUCAGGGUACUGCUCAAGGACUCGUAUGAGCGAGCCAAAAACCUCUUGAAGACCUACAGCGAUGAGCACAAGACGCUGGCCGAGGCUCUGCUAACUUACGAAACUCUGGAUGCCAAAGAGAUCAAGCUGGUCCUAGAGGGCAAGGCCCUGGACCCUAGAUGACUCUCUGAGAGAAGCCUAGUCAGAGACAGUUAGACGUCAGGGUUGGGGUCAUUCCAUUUUCAAUUCUAGUCAAUUCAGAAAGUUAACCAAAUUCCGAUUCAAAAUGUUCCUCAAUGGAAAAGCAUUGAAGAUAAUUGGAAUUUCAUCGUACUUCCUGAAUUGACUGGACUUAAAAUGGAAUUGACCCCAACCCUGUAAGACAUAUUAUCUGAAUUAUGUAAAUUUGAAGAUGUACAAUGGAGUGGCCUUUAGAGGCUUUAUAGGUUUCUUCCCCCUCAACGUAAAUGACUGACUAGCUCAUAGUCGCACCUCGUUUUAUCCCUCUGAACCUAUGACUCCUCUGUCUGAACCAUUCAUGUUGGGCAGGCAUUCCCGUACGGCAGCUUUGUCAAGCGACAAAAAGCCCAUAGCAAGGUUCAUUUCAACACCCUGAGCUCAAAAUGCCCUUUCAAUGCCAGGAUUUUAGUUUUUUGAUAUCAACAUUUGUUGUCGUCAUCCCCCCCCUCAAGUUUUCCCCCUUUAAAGGUUGUAUAUACAGUAUUGAACAAGAAAGUGCUGCAUUAUGAUGCAUUAACGUGCUCCUGGGAAAGUGGGAUGUUGUAAAUCCGAUAUGUGCUUUUGAAGUCGGACCAAUUCUUGAACCAAUAAGAAGCUAGCUAACAUUGCUAAUAAUUAAGUUAGCUAACUUGCUAAACAUUGCCAAUAUGGUCAAACUAGCUACGGUAUCCACAUUGAUAAGUUUGUAAUUGUCAAAUUUAUUUAUUGUUAACUUUGGGUUGAAAAGGGGUGGUUAAAUGUCUUCGUUAACAAACAAAAACGCAGUUUGUAAUUAUGACUUUGAGGGUCGUUCAAGUGAAACUUGAAACGACAGUUUCAGAAGCAUGUGAACACCCCCCCCCCCCAAUAGUCCUCAGCCAAUAGGAUCUCAUAUCGCACAAUUGUUUUUUUCGUUAGCAAUUUUGUGCAUGAAAGCCUCAUCGUGUAUUUGGUAUGCUAUCGAAGUUAUGAGGGAAAACAAUUGGUUUGCAGAUCUGAUCCUACUUGACCUAUAGCCUUUUCACUGAGCAGAAUAUUAGUGAUAGAAACGCCGACCAUAAAAUGUAUCAUUAAAAAAAACAUACCAAUGUUUAAUAUACACAGCAUCUAAAUAGAAAAUGGCUGUAUCAGCGUUCCCGUAUAUGAUUCAUCAUCUGUGAGUCGUGAAGGAAUUAAUCUGCAUUCACUGUAUGCAGGUCAAUAUACACAUUUUAUGUUGUCAUUUUAUUUAUUUACCCAAAGUGUGCCGGACUUGCCAUCGUUAGCUAUUUUAGGCCCUCGUGUCUGAGCCCAUCCAUGGUGUAAAUGAAAUGUGAGAAGAGAUGUACUUAAAUCUGUUUCUCAUUGGAAGUGGAUCUUGUGGAAGCUCAAAUAAAAAUGUAUUCUAAAAUCA